AUGGCCGCCCCGCCUCUACCUCCGGGCUGGACUGAACAUGUAGGUCCCGGAGGCCAGCCAUACUACUACAAUGCGUUCACAAAAGAAUCAACCUACGUCCGCCCCAUGCCCGUUGCGUUCCCCAAGAAGGAAAAGCCCGCGAAAAAAGUGCCUAUACCCGGGACUGACUGGAUCCGCGUGACGACGACGGAGGGGAACGUGUUCUACACGCACAGGGUCGAGAAGCGGAGCGUGUGGACGGUGCCGGAGGAGAUCAAGGAGGCCGUCGCGGCGCUGGAGAAGGAGGGGACGCAGUCUCCGGCGAAUGCGAAUGCUAAGGGUGGGAAGAAGGAGAGGGAGAGGGACAACGAGCAGGCGAGGGAGGUGAAGCGCGUGAAGAAGGAGGUGCAGGAGGCGGCGAAGCGCAAGGCGGAGGAGCCGGUCCCUGUGGACGAGGUUGUGAUCACGAAGAAGGCGAAGGUGGAGGAAGAGGACGAAGAGGAGGAGAGCGAGGAGGAGAGCGAAGAAGAGGAGUGGCAGCGUGAGGCAGCAGCGCAGUUGGCGGCGGAGGCGGAAGAGGAGGAGAGGAAGAGGAAAGAGGCGGAGGAGGCUAGGAAGCAAGCGGAGGCAGAGGAAGCGGAGAGAGCCAAGCAAGCCUUGCCUCAGCUGAACAUGCCCGAGAAGGUGGACCUCUCCAUCGAGGAAGCCAAGGCACUGUUCAAGACCCUGCUCCGCGAAAAGGACAUCAACCCGCUCAUGCCCUGGGACACUGCGCUUCCGAUCUUCAUCUCUGACCCGCGGUACGUCCUCCUGUCGUCUGUCUCCGCGAGGCGGGAAGCGUUCGACGAGUACUGCCGCGACCGCGCGCGCGAGCUGCGCGAGCUGCGCGAGUCGCAGGUGAGGAAGGAGAAGGAGACCGCGGACCCGCGCGAGGCGUACGAGCGCCUGCUGCGCGAGGAGGUGAAGAGCACACGCACGAGCUGGUCGGAUUUCCGAAGGCAGUGGAAGAAGGACAGGCGGUUUUGGGGGUGGGGAAGGGACGACAGGGAGCGGGAGAAGAAGUUUAGGGAGUAUUUGAAGGAGCUUGGAGAAAAGAAACGCGCUGCUGCUCAAAAAGCUGAAGUAGACUUCUUUUCCUUGCUGAAGGAGAGCGGGCGCGCAAAACCUGGGGCUGACUGGAAGGAAGUUAAGAAGCACCUGUACAGCGACCCUCGUUAUGAUGCUGUGGGGUCUUCUUCGCUCCGAGAGGAGCUAUUCAAGACGUUCUUGAAAGCCCAGGGCGUAGGUGAGCAAGCUAAAGAUGCGUCGACCGAAAACGGUGAGGUGAAAGAGGAAAAGAGUGCCGAGGACAAGGAGCAGGAGAAACGGGAAAAGAAGGAGAGGGCCGUGCGCGAAAGGGAGGAGAGAGUAAAGGCGGAGCGGACCAAGCUCGAGGCGGAUAUCAAUCGGUCGAAGAUGGGCUUGACGAUGGAAGAGGGGGAACGGGAGUUUAGGACUAUGCUGGUUGAUGCUAUACGUGACCCACAGAUGACAUGGGAGCAGGCACUGCCGGAGCUGAAGAUCGACCCGCGGUUCACCCGGUCCCCGCUUCCCUACAACCAACAGCUGCACCUCUUCCAUUCACAUAUCGGACGGCUACGUGCCAAGCAUCUUGACAACCUGCAUGCGCUCUUCGCAUCACACUCUCCAUCCCUAUCGACAUCCUUCUCGGAUCUGCCCGUUGACUCACUGCUAUCGUCGUUGCCCGCAGCAAAACUUGGGUUUGACUCGCAAGCACUGCAGCACGAGUAUGAGAAGUGGCAGCGCGAGCGAAAUACGGAGGCGCGCGCCGCGUUCGAUGCUAUGCUGCACGAGAAUGCCUUUGUGGAGUUCUGGGGACGGUUGAAGAACAUGGGUGGGGAAGGGGCGGACGGCGGGGUGAAGGCGGACCCGCUUGAGGAGGAUGAGGGUGAGGGCGGCGGGGGGACUGCGGAUCUGAAGGCACUGGCGAAGACGAUUGAUAUCAGAGAGAUCGAGAAGGUCCUAAAGAAUGACAAAAGGUAUAAUAUGUUUGACCAUGUACCAGAACAGCGCGAGCGUUGGGUCAGGAGUGAUGUUGCUCGUUUGCGCAAGAUCGUCAUAAACAGUCUAUAUUCGCAUCGCGACAUAUUCAUCCGUGAACUGAUAUCGAACGCCAACGACGCUUUGGAGAAGCUGCGUCUCACGGCACUAACUGACCCGACGAUCAACUAUGGUGCUGACGGUCUGAAUAUCACCAUCAAGACAGUCAAGAACCCCGAUGGUUCAGGUGGAAGGUUGAUCAUCGCUGAUACCGGUAUUGGUAUGUCACCGGAAGAGCUCACCACGAACCUGGGUACCUUGGCGAAAUCCGGCACGUCUGAUUUCCUCGCGCGGGCCGAGACUUCAGACACGACUGGGCAGGGCAACCUCAUCGGCGCCUUCGGUCUUGGUUUCUACAGCAGUUUCUUGGUCGCAGACCGUGUCUACGUGUCCUCCAUUCCGCCCAAGUCCGCCAAGAACCCUAACCCUACGCAAAAUGUCUUCAGCUCCUCCGCAGAUGACAGCUCCUUCGAGACGUACCCCGAUCCAAGAGGGAACACGCUCGGGAGAGGGACAGAGAUUACGCUCGUACUGAAGGAAGAUGCGUCGGAGUACCUCGACCAGAAGACUAUCAUGGACCUCGUGUGCAAACACUCGUCGUUCUCUUCGACAUUCCCCAUCUAUCUCCUGACGGAGAGAACGGAGGAAGUCCCCGUCGAAGAUGAAGAGUCUGAGAAGCCCGUCCCGGAGAAGGACGACGAGGACGAGGCCGUCAUGGAAGACGAGAAGCCGGAGGAGAAGAAGGCGCCCAAGACGAAGACCGUCACCGUCGAGGAGUGGGUGCAGCUGAACCCCGAACCGCCGAUCUGGAUGCGGGACCCGAAGGACGUCUCGGAGGACGAGUACGAGCGGUUCUACCAGGCUACGUUCAAGGACUACGAAAAGCCCCUGGCGUGGCACCACUUUGCCGGUGACUCCGGGUCCGGCGUCUCCUUCAGGGCUAUCAUAUACAUUCCUUCGCGAUUGGAUGAGUCGUUCUGGCAACAACCAGUGCAAGGCAGCUCUAAAGACCUCAGGUUGAUGGUCAAGCGCGUUUUUAUUACGAAUGAUCUGGGCGAAGAUAGCCUGCCGAAGUGGGCCAGCUGGGUCAAAGCAAUAAUCGACGCCGAGGACCUCCCGCUGAACGUCUCCCGCGAGACCCUGCAGUCCACGAAAUUCCUCAAGCAGAUCCGCUCCAUCAUCCUGCGGCACAUCAUCCAGAUGCUCACGAAGCUCGCAGAGGAGGACCCGGAGAAGUUCGACAAGGUCCAGGAGGCGUACGGGACGGUGCUCAAGCUCGGCGCGGCGGAGAAUGUGAAGAACAGGGAGAAGCUGGCGGCGCUGGCGAGGUUUGCGAGUAACCAGCGGGAACGGACGUCGUUGGAUGAGUACCUUGAGAAUAAGAGGAAGGGCCAGAAUCAGAUCUUCUACCUCGCGGAUAUUGGGAAGUCCACCAAAGCCUUGGCCGAUAGUGUCUUCGUGGAGAAGUUGACGGCGAGGGGGUACGAGGUCUUGUUAUUGAACGAGCCGCUGGACGAGAUCCUUGUUCAGAACAUGAAGCGCUGGAAGGGCCUGCCGUUCCACGAUGUGGCGAAAGCAGGCUUGGUCUUUGGAGACGAGGACUCUGACCCUGAAGACGAGAAGGAGCAACAAGAGAUAUUGAAAGAGCGCUUCAAGCCUCUGCUCGAUUACCUGAAGAAGGAGGCCCAGGACCUAGUUCGUGAUGUGGUGAUUUCGAAUCGCCUGGUGACGAGCCCGUGUGCUAUCGUCGCAGACAAGUUUGGCUAUACUGCUAAUGUUCAGAAAAUGAUGAGUGCAUCGAACAGCAAACAGGCCCAGAACCCGAUGUUCGAGUUCGCGAAGAAGCAGAGACUGCUGGAGAUCAACCCCCGAUCUCCUCUGAUUGAAGGCCUUCUCCGUCGGGUCGAGCAGCUGCCAUCGGAAGACGAAGAGCGCGAUAUCGAGGCUGAGGAGGACCUCAGGGAGGUGACGUCAAUCCUCAUCGACGGAGCACUCGUACGGUCUGGAUUCGACGUACCCGACUCGAACGAGUUUUUCAAGCGCGUAGAUCGGGUCCUCAGGCGAUCACUAGGCGUGUCGGAGACAGCGCAAGCCGACGACAGUGUGAAGCCUGCUCCCCCCGUGGACCCUAGCUUGCCUCCCGAUAUACCCGACCAUGGACAAAUCCCAUUGAAGUUCGAGGAUCCGGAGAAGGUUGGUGUUGAGCUGCCUGAGCAUUUGAAGGACAAGGUCGAGAUUAUGAUGGAGGAGAUUGACGAGGAGGGGAAUCCUGUCCACCAUGACGAGCUGUAA